GAAAGACUUGAAAGAGAGGACAAGUCAAAGAUGGAUGACUUGAUGGCAGCUCAGAAGAAGUUGGUGGAAUCUUGGGAUGUGGUCAUGCUAACAAAAGACGAAUUCAAGGAUCUGGGUAUGAUCUGCGACACCUACCACAAGGAGCUCAACGCCGAGAAGGCCUAG